UUGGUCAUACUGUUGGCACGUCAGCACUGAUUUGUAAUAGUGAAAAAAACCUAUGAAUUCAGACUACGUUAUAUAUUUAAUAAAUUUUCAUAAUAAUACUUUAAUGUUUUCUGAGUGUGUGAUGUGUGAAGUGAACUAAGUUUUCUUAAAUUUAACUAAAAUUUAAUGUAACAUUAUUAAAGUGGAUAAAAUUGUGGAUAAAACAAAUUCAGAAGAUAGGAUGGCGGCAUCGCAUAUCCUGAGCGCCGUGGAGCCGACAGUCGGCGGCGGUGGCUCGCGCGGCGGCCGGGAGCGCGAGGUCAGCGUAGCCCUCGACGACAGAGAGCUCUGGGUGCGCUUCCAGACCCUUACCAACGAGAUGAUCGUUACCAAGAACGGAAGGCGCAUGUUUCCCGUAGUGAAGGUUACUGCCAGUGGAUUGGACCCUACUGCGAUGUACACAGUUCUAUUAGAAUUUGUCCAAGUGGAUUCCCAUCGAUGGAAAUAUGUUAAUGGAGAAUGGGUGCCAGGUGGUAAAGCUGAAGUCCCUCCUUCGAAUGCUAUAUACAUACACCCUGAAAGUCCGAAUUUCGGGGCACAUUGGAUGAAAGAACCGAUAUCAUUCGCUAAAGUAAAACUAACAAAUAAAACCAAUGGAAACGGGCAGAUAAUGUUGAAUUCUCUCCAUAAAUAUGAGCCCAGGGUUCAUCUAGUAAAAGUGGGGACCGAUCUUCGCCGCAUUAUGACGUACCCAUUCCCUGAAACGCAGUUUAUAGCAGUCACUGCUUACCAGAAUGAGGAGGUUACUUCGCUGAAGAUCAAGUAUAAUCCGUUCGCAAAAGCUUUUUUGGACGCCAAGGAGAGGCCAGAGGGAUACUACCAGAGAGAUUUUGUAGGAACACACUAUCCACAACAGACUUCAUCACCACAUCAGUAUCCUCAAUUCGGUGGAUGGUUUGUAGCGUCGCAGUCGCUGUACGGCGGCAGUAACGCGGCGUCGCGGAGGCCGGCGCCCUACCCACCGCGACCACCCUCCCGCCCGAGGACUUUGUCACCACCAUCCACCUACAGCACCCCGGAACGUACGACAGCUGCGCCGAACAGCAGUGGCUACACCUGGGCCAGCAGCAGUGGGUACUGGAGUUCAGCGCAAGGCAGCAGUUCGCCGCAGCCUACCACCUCUCCGGGGCCGUACCGAACACCUCCUCACGCGUACCCCGCACCUCUAGAGUACGCGCCGCCAGUCAGCACCACUGCCCCUGCGUCCGGCCCUGCACCCAUAUACCCCCUCCAGUAUGAGGCAUCACCGCAGCACCACUCCCCUUAUUACCAGCAUGCUUACGCGCCUUACGCUCAUCAUGCUAUUGAAGACAUUUCCUACUGGCCUAAUAGCUACAGUUACCAGCCGACGGAGUACGUCGGUACGGGUGAAGUGGUUUACAGCGCAGAGGGCAUGGCAUUCCCGACGGGCUCAUCCGUAGAGGCGGCUGGGGAAAGCCGGACUUCUCCCCCCGGCUCCGAGCACCAAGCAGGCGAGAGGGAAUACAAGUUUAGUGCGGAAGACGGCCGUCACUCCCCCUGCGAAGACAGCGGACUACCACCUAGGUCCCCGCCUCAGUGAUUGUUUACGCUUACGGCCAGUUUCAAUAAUCAACUGUUGAUAAGAAACGAAACCAGAUUAUCCUUACCUUUCAUUGAGGCUGAUUAUUGAAUCUGGCCGUUAGUGUACUAUGUGGUGUUAAAUAGACAAUAUUAUGAGUAUUAAAAGUGAGUGACAACAAAACUAAAUACAAACAUGUAGCGCUUUAUAUUGUAAAAAAUGUAAAGGAUGGUUAAACUUAUAAUUUAGUCAGUUUUAUUUUAUUGUAUCACCUAAAAUUAUUGGAAAAAAUAGUCAGAAACUAAAUGCUGUCAUUAAAAUGUCAUAAUUUAAUAUUUUUACCGUAACUAGUUAUUACUGAAGAAACAUUUAAAAAGGAAUUGCAUAAUAUCAAAACUCUUUGCAUAAUAUUCGUUAUUCAUAGAUGAAUGAUUGGUCUCGCUUCACUCCACUAGAUACCGCCGGCGUACUUAUAUAAUGGGGCAACAAAUACUAUGCCGAAAUCGGCAUACCCGAGCCUUCACCGUGUCAGUCACAUUGACAGCUGCGCUUUAGGUGUUAGUCCCGAAUAUUUUAAUCAAUUUAGAGCAAAAUCCGCAGCAAAAUGCCAGUUUGUGUUCUGAAACUUUGUAAGAAUAAUAGUUCAAAAAAUAAAAAGGACACUGGGAUCACAUACCAUCAGUAAGUAUCUUUUAAUUUCGAAAUUUCGAUGUAAAAUUUCAUGAAAAAUAAUCGUCAUUUGGUGUUGCCAAGUACGCAAUAUAAAAGUCCCUAUGGUUGAGAUUUUUAUAAUAUGAAUAUAUACUGUUAUAUGACCCAUUUCAUUUGACCUCUUUAUGAAAUACAAACUAUUCGUGUCAGUAAAUCUACAACUUUUGUAUCGACACUUUUUUCACAUAACCUCAAAAUUUAUGUGAAAAAUUCGAAUAACCGAGUUUUUGGUUUUUUAUUUUUUGCAAAAAAUAUUUUUCACGAAGUUUAGUAAAAACUUAACUUUGUAUGUCCCAAACAUACAGUAAUUUUUUUGAUUUAAAAUAUUCUUUUUUUCACCUUAUUUUGACUUAAUAUCGAAAAAGCACCCUAAUUUUCAAUCGAGAAUUCUCACGUCAAAAAAUCUGCUUUUUUAAAAAAGUUGGUGUGUUUUUUGUUUGUUGAAAUCUCUACUUUCUGAUGGUAUAAAAAAAUAUACACUACUAUGGUAAAUGUUCUCAGAAACUGCAAAUUAAUAAUGAAAAAAACUAGAAUCCGUUUUUUUUUUAAUCAUUAUGUAUAAUUUUGAGCUAUUUAUUUACACUUUAAUUACUCGAAAAACGUAAAAUUUCAUGUUAUACAAAUAUGACUCCAUUACAUUUCGAAGAAAGAAAAUUUGCAAAAAUUAGAAAAUUUUAAAAGGCAAAUUUAUCGUAAACUUGUGCAAGUUAGUGGGCAUAUAAUUUUUGUUUUUUGAUAAUAAACUUUAUUCUUGCGUUAACCUGCUCAUUUUAAUAGUUUUAACUAUAUAUAUUGUUAUUAUAGUUUUAUUUCAAUUUCUAGUGUCUGCAUGGUUAAUAAUAAUUAUAAAACUCAACACUGGUGUCGAUUCUGGCAUGAUUCU